AUGGACGGCGGCAAGAAGAAGCUGGAGCGGCCGCCUCACCCGAGGGCCACCGCCAACCCCCUCUCCGCCCUCACUUUUACCUGGAUAUUAGAUUUAUUCUUAAAAGGCCGAAGAAGGGACCUAGAAACAGAAGACUUGUACAUAACUUUAAAAGAACACUCAUCUGGUUACCUAGGAGAUAGAUUAGAAAGAUUAUGGCUGCAAGAAGUAACGAAUUCAAAAAAAUUAAAACGAAAACCUAGUUUAUUACGUGCUCUAGUCAAAUGUUUUGGUGCAAAAUUAAUGCUGUAUGGACUCCUCUUAUGUACAAUGGAAAUUUGCUUAAGAGUGCCUCAGCCUAUUCUGCUGGGUGGGUUGAUAAGUUACUUUACUCAGAGGUCUCAAAUGUCCUUCACAAGUGCGCUUUGCCUCUGCGCUGCCUUGAUCUUUCUCAUAUUUGUUUGCGCCCUUUGCGGCGAGCACCCAUAUUUCAUGGCGGCUGUUCACAUGGGGAUGAAAUUGCGAGUUGCUUGUUGCUCCCUAGUCCAUCGUAAGGCAUUGCGGCUCAGCAAGACAGCUUUGGGUGAAACCACUGCUGGACAAAUUGUGAAUUUGUUGUCAAAUGAUGUCAAUAGAUUUGAUGUAGCAAUUGUUUUUGUUCAUUAUCUCUGGAUCGGCCCAUUGGAAACAAUCGUUGUAACAUAUUUUCUGUGGACCGAAGUCGGAGUUUCAUCCAUCAUUGGGGUGUUUGUUCUGUUGAUGUUCAUUCCCUUGCAAGGAUGGCUCGGGAAAAAGACUUCAUCUUUACGUUUAAGAACUGCCAUCAAGACAGAUGAAAGAGUUCGACUGAUGAAUGAAAUAAUCUCAGGGAUCCAAGUUAUUAAAAUGUACACAUGGGAAAAACCGUUUGCCAAACUAGUGGCCUUUGCGCGCAAGCGAGAAAUUAAAAUGAUCAAAGGAUCCGCCUACAUUAGAGCUGUCCUACUUUCUUUUAUUGUUUUUCACACACGAAUUGCCUUAUUUUACGCUAUUUUCUCAUACGUCAUGUUUGGGAACACCAUAACUGCCCAAAAAGUGUUUGUUCUAACAUCAUAUUUCAAUAUUCUCAGACAAACAAUGACAGUAUUCUUCCCCCAAGGUAUCGGUCAAGUGGCGGAAGCGUUGGUCUCAAUCAGAAGACUUCAGAACUUCCUAUUGUAUGAAGAGAUGGACAUCAAACACCUUCCAUCAAGCAAAGCGAACGGAAGUGCGGUAGAUGAGACAGACAACAAUGCUCUGAAGAAUUCAGAUAAAAAUGAAAUAAUCACGGACAAAACCAGAUCCAACCAAAUUAAUGAUCUGAAAAACGGUGCAGCAACUGUGUUAGCAGAUGUAAACGAGAACAGUAUUGUCAUCAAGGGUGCGAAAGCAAAGUGGUUUGAGCACAGCACAGACUACUCAUUGAACAACAUCAAUUUGAAGAUCAAAAAAGGGAAAUUACUGGCAAUCGUAGGACCAGUAGGUUCUGGCAAAACCUCUUUACUUCAUGCAAUAUUGCGAGAACUUCCUCUGUUGGAAGGUUCUAUAGUGACAAAUGGGAUAAUUUCUUAUGCUUCCCAAGAACCAUGGUUAUUUGCUGGAUCUGUGCGUCAGAAUAUCUUAUUCGGCCUGCCUAUGGAAAGAGAUUGGUAUAAGAAAGUGGUCAAAACUUGCGCCCUCCAGACUGACUUUGACCAGUUUCCGUAUGGAGACAAAACGGUGGUUGGAGAAAGAGGUGUGUCUUUGAGUGGCGGUCAGCGAGCACGUAUCAAUCUUGCAAGAGCUAUUUACAAGCGAGCAGAUGUCUACUUGCUAGAUGAUCCCCUUUCUGCAGUAGACGCUCAUGUUGGGAAACAUUUGUUCGAGGAUUGCAUAUCACUAGCUCUCAAAGACAAGACAGUGAUUCUCGUUACACAUCAGUUACAGUACCUCAGUAACGUCGAUCACGUUAUAAUGAUGCAGAAUGGAACAAUAGAAGCUGAAGGAACCUAUCAAGAAUUACAGAGUAGCUCAGGGAAGAAUUAUCUCAGUCUCCUGAGUUCUGUCAAAGAAGAGGAAGAAAAAGAAGAUAACUUGACCAUUUCUGUAUCGACACUCCACAAACGCCAAAGCUCUGUCCAGAGUGUGGCUUCCUCGUUAGACGAUCGGUACGAGGAGGAUCCGCAAGAAGUAGAAGAAAUGAGAACAACAGGUCAAGUUUCUGGGCAGGUCUACACAAAGUAUUUUAGAGCUGGUGGCCAUCUUUGCUUUGUAUUUUUCCUCCUCUUCAUGUGUGUUCUCACGCAAAUACUUGCCAGUGGCUCUGAUUACUGGAUUACGUACUGGGUUAAUCUAGAAGAACAUGAGUGGGCCCCAACGCUGAAUAAGACAUCGCAUUUGAGUGCCCCUCACAAUGACACGGUAAACCUUCCUUCUUUGGACUUAGAAGGAAACCCCCUAUCGCAGAAUGGUACACAGGCUGAUAACUCUCAUAUGACGCACAAUUUCUUCGGGUUUCCACUUGAUCGCCAGUGGUGUAUCUACAUUUUCAGCGCGAUUACUGCAGCCAUGGUUAUCGCAACACUUGUCCGGUCAGCUUCCUUUGUCCAACUCUGCACCAACGCCUCGAUGAAUUUACACAACAAUAUGUUCUCUGCCAUCGUCCGCUCAACAAUGUACUUUUUCAACUCCAAUCCUUCAGGACGUAUUUUAAAUAGAUUUUCAAAAGACAUGGGAUCAAUUGAUGAACUCUUACCUCUCGCUUUAAUAGAUUGUAUCCAGAUUGGUCUCACCCUAGUUGGAAUAAUCAUUGUUGUCGCAACUGUCAAUCCUCUGCUUUUGAUACCAACCACUGUGAUAGGAAUCAUAUUUUAUUUGCUCCGAAUAUUUUACAUCUCAACUUCACGCUCUGUUAAGAGGCUUGAGGGAAUAACUCGAAGUCCUGUUUUUUCGCAUUUGAACGCUUCACUACAAGGUUUAACCACCAUUCGUGCCUUCGGUGCUCAAAGUAUUUUAGAACAGGAGUUUGAUAAUCAUCAGGAUCUCCAUUCCUCUGCAUGGUACUUAUUCAUAGCGUCCAGUCGUGCCUUCGGAUUUUGGUUGGAUGUCGUAUGCUUGUUCUACAUUGCAAUAGUCACAUUCAGCUUCCUUGUUUUAGGAAAUGAAAAUUACGGAGGUAAUGUAGGUCUUGCAAUAACGCAGUCGAUUGGUCUGACAGGGAUGUUCCAGUGGGGCAUGCGCCAAUCAGCGGAGUUAGAAAACCAAAUGACCUCUGUGGAGCGAGUUCUAGAGUACUCCAACUUACCUCAAGAGCCAGCCCUCGAGUCACCUCCAAAUUCAGACAAGAAACCGCCUCCAGACUGGCCACAAAGAGGUCGUGUCAUUUUCAGGAAAAUGUUUUUGAGAUACGUUGCUCACGAACCACCAGUAUUGAAAAAUCUCAACUUUACCAUCGAACCCAAGGAAAAGGUUGGUAUUGUUGGUCGCACCGGUGCCGGAAAGUCAUCUUUGAUCUCAGCGCUCUUUAGACUGGCUUAUAAUGAAGGCCAAAUCAUAAUUGAUGAUAUAGAUGUCGGUGAAAUUGGCAUUCACGAGCUUCGGUCUAAAAUUUCUAUUAUUCCACAAGAACCAGUGAUCUUCUCUGGGACUCUUAGACGUAACUUGGAUCCGUUUGACGAAUAUCCUGAUGCCAAAAUUUGGAAUGCUCUUGAUGAGGUGGAGUUAAAAGACUUUGUAUCGGACUUGGCUGGUGGUCUCAACACGAAAAUGUCUGAAGGAGGUACAAAUUUCAGUGUUGGGCAACGGCAGCUCGUUUGUCUAGCUCGAGCAAUAGUUAGGAAUAACAAAAUAUUAGUCAUGGAUGAAGCUACAGCAAACGUUGACCCUCAAACGGAUGUUUUGAUCCAGUCGACGAUUCGAAACAAGUUCAAAGAUUGCACUGUCCUGACGAUUGCUCAUAGACUGCACACAGUGAUGGACUCAAGCAAAGUAUUAGUGAUGGAUGGUGGAACAAUGGUUGAAUUUGAUCACCCAUGGCUCCUCCUUCAGAACAAAGAAAGCUUCUUCUACAAAAUGGUGGAAAAAACAGGCAAAAACUCAUCACAAAUGCUUAUGUCUAUCGCUGCAAAGAACUAUGAAAACCUCCGAUCUCAUAAUAUCGAAAAGGACUUGCAGAGUUUAUCCUACAUCGAUGAAAGUACGGAGCUCGGGAACAGACAGUUCUCAGACGAAUCGUCAACCUCGGAUUUGAGGAACCAUCAAAAAUAGAAUUAGGUGCUACCUUAAGAACAAACCGAAUUGUGCUAAACUUGUGUCUUCGUUUUUAGGCUGUGAGACCUCUGAGCCUUUUUUUUCUUCUUUUUUUUGCCUCAUUCCUACCGUUUUCAUUUGCUCAGAGUCUUCCCCUUGUUGCUGAAGCUGAAAAUAAGACGUGAGUAUUAUUAACAACCUUAAAUUUUAGUGUACUUAAGUCCAACUUAAUUUUUUUCAUGUACCGUAACUACGGAACCUAUGGUGUCUAUAGUCUUUAAGCCGAAUACACCUUCUAGGGAAUUGAGAAUUGCCUUCUUCAGUCAUGAUAUUUUUUUAAAAUUUGUAUUUAUAGUAUGAAGUUUUUUACAAUUUUCUCUUUGUGAAAGUUCUUUACACUGUUAUGUCAUCAGUCUCUGUUUUAUAAGAUUCUACCAGAAGAUGUUUCUGAUAAGCGGUGUGCAGAGUCUUCUCUCAUUUUCAUCAUUGUUAUACCCAUUUUAUUUCAUUUUACCUCCUCUGCUUUUUUUACGCAACUUAAUUUGAUUUUUUAAAUGGUGGAGUAAUCCGCUGCGUUCAGGAUCUUCAAAGAAUGGUACAAAUGAAACCCAAUUAUUGUUUCUCACACGAGGUUGCUAAUUAAUUAGAUACUUAAUAACUUAUGACUUAAGUUGGCGGUCUGUGGUAUUACGAUAGAAUAUUCAGUGUUCUUGAACACUUUACUCAUUGUUUGUUUCAUCUUCAAGAUCUAACGUGAAAAGAAUGAUAUUCAAACCUACCUCCUCCCUCAGCUUAAGAUCUCAAAUUCCCCCUUGAUUAAGUAGAAAAAUUUCAGAUUAAAUGUCACCCUUGAUUCAAAGUUUUAAGGUCCCUUGUUCUUUUUCAGGGUUGCCACUGUCAUGUAAUUUCAGGAAGUCAAGAAAAAUCUAGAAAUAUCAGGGGAAAAUUGUUAAACGCCUUUACAAGGUUGCCGCAGUCAGAGAAAAGGGGGAAAUUUAAAGGAAUUUUUAAAAGUUAGAGAAAAUGACGAAAUGUCAGGGAAAAUUUUUUAAGUCACCUUUAAUUGCUUUCUAGAAUAGGUUUGACGUUUUAAACAGCAAAGUCCGCCUGAAAACUAUCUCAAUUUAUGUCUUUUCAACCAUCUGGCAUAUGUAUCUUCGAUUGUCAGAGCAGGGAAAUGUAAGAUAAUUUUGUACUCUAAAUUCCGUGGCAACCCUGUUAUUUUCUGAUCCAUCCAGCAAAUAGAAAGUCUAACUUCUGUUUUUGUCAAUUGUAAAUAUUCAAGUAAAAUUUCACUCACUUGAAAGAUCCAUUGUUGAGUGACCAAUUUUAAAUUCAGCAUUUAGUCUAAUCUGUCGAUUGUCGUACCUCAGUCAAAAGGUUAUUAAAGGAACUUGAUGGAUGAAUCAUGUUCUUAGGUAAAAUUUUCUUAAUUAAAAGGAGGGUAGAUUUUUCUGCCCAAAAAGUUACUGAGUAAAGAGAAAAAUUACUGAUGUGGUCUCGUUCUCCAAAAAAAUUUAUUAUACAUUUAAGGAUUAAAAUAACCUUAAAAUUUUAAUUAUUUAUUUUUUCCGGCCAAAAUAUUGGUACUCUUUGAAUUUGUAACCAACGUCAAAUUCCAAUCAAUCUCCAAUCUUUUCCUUAUGUUUAAGAAAUUGAGUGUUUAUGACAAGAUUGCAGACAGGAAAUAUUGAUGGCUUUGGGAUUUCUAUUUCCAUUUCUGAUCCAAAGACCAAAAAAGUAUUUUUUUUUCACUUCACUGUAUGAACUUUUUGGGCAGCAAAAUAUGUAUAUCCUCAUAACAAGAUGAAUAAAAAAUAUUACAAUGGUCAAGCAAACACUAUCAUCAUCCACCUUCAAGAUUGAAUCAUGUUUUCUUUAGUUAGGAAGAAUUAAGUUCAGGGUAUGUUUUAAUUGGUAGCAUCUCACAGAAAAAUUUGUUAAAAAAUAGGACUCGCCUAUUGAACCAAUUUCUCUGUGAUUCUGAUGAGAAGCAAGGUGGGAGCUCUUAGGGGAGUUUACACUCCAGCCUUUUUCAGAUUUUUGUCGUUUCCAUCUUCGGUUUUUAUCAAUUUGAUUUGAUUAAUUCUUUAUGUGUGUAACUAAUUUUAUAUGUAUUUUUAGAGAUACUUAAACGAGAUUUAGUUUUAUGGUCCUGAAUGUUACCAAUGUGUUGAAUAGAUUUAAUAUUGCAGUGUUUAAACUUUAAAGGAAACUGAUUCCACCUCCUCAUUGGCUACUAUGGUGAAAGUCAGGAAGCAUUCAUCUUGGUUCAUGACAUUGCAAUCGCAUCAUAAUGUUUUGAAGGGCAACUUCUUUAAAAAAAAAAAACCAUAUGUAGCAUGAUGUUUUGUGUUCUAUUGGAACAAAAUGACAUUUGAGUGGAAAUUUGUAAAUACUAUGAACGCUAUUCUUCACUCUCUGAACAAUAUUCUUGACUUUCACCAUUGAAUUCAGUUUUUUUUAUAGCACAGGUCUUGAUUUUAUUGCAAUUGGAUCCUAUUUUGUUCAAGGCUGUGAAUUAUUGCUUCUGUUUCUCAUGGAAAAUUUUUUAUCACAGCCCAAAAUCCGAUAUUGCUUCUUUUUUUGUCUCCUAAAAUGUGAAGUGAAGCUACCUGCUUACAUCAAUAGUAAAGCUACUGUCUGAAUUCUUUGAUUUUUUAACCAGAUGGUAAGCAUUUUUCACCCCUCUCUGCGAAUCAGAUGUAUCAUGUCAAAAGAAAAAGACUUUAACUGCCCUUUUAUGGUUUUUUCUGUCUUAGCCUUCAAUGCUGUUGUGUGGGGAAUAGUGCACUGCACAAAAAUGUCCCUUGAUUUGUUAUUUUGCUAACCUUGUCUACUAUCAGAAACCAGUUUUUUUUUUUUUUUAAUCAAGCUUUGUACGCAUUUAUGGAUCCUCAAUCGUGGAAAUGGAAAGCAAUUAACUAUCUGCCUUCUCUGUCUGCCCCUCUCCUCUAAAUACAACCCGGUCAACUUCUAUCACCGAGCUAUAACGUUCGAUUCUUCCUUUUGAUAUUGGGGAAGAACAUGAUUUUACUGUGAGAUAUUUUUUCAAUUUGAUAAUACGUACAGUAUUUUCAAUUUUAUUUUUAAUAAUUUUGUUUGGUUGAAGCUCUGCCAUACUCUUGAUCUUACUUGUCAUGCCCCAUAUUUUUUCAGUCUAAUCACCUAUUAUAAAUUGUUUCAAUUCCUGUCCUGUCUUGUUUCUUUAUAUUUAAUUUGCAUUAAAUUUUAAAGUGAUAAGCAACCGGCUGCCUUAUUUUAUGACCUUACAUUGUAGAAUUUCUAUUCUAAGAGUUAUCGGUAAAUUGUACUGAAUUGUAUGUAAUAUUUUCAAGAGAAAAAUACAGUUUAAAUUAUUUGUAAUUAAAUGAUCUGUUUUGAAUUCA